AUGCGCUGUAUUACAGCACUGGUGCUCAAAGUUUGCUUUUCCUCAUCCACAGGGGAAGAGGCUGCUGGAGGUGACAGUUUCAUCCAUGAGCGGGACCUGGCCUGGCUGCAGCAGGCAGAUGUGGUGGUGGCAGAAGUGACCCAACCGUCGUUGGGGGUAGGCUAUGAGUUGGGCCGGGCCAUGGCCCUCAAUAAGCGAAUUCUGUGCCUGUUCCGUCCACAAUCUGGCCGAGUGCUUUCAGCCAUGAUCCGGGGAGCGGCAGACGGCUCGAAGUUCCAGGUGUUAGACUAUGAAGAAGGACAGGUGGAGGCCAUGCUGGAUCGAUACUUUGAGGCUGACCCUCCUCUAGCAGGCAGCUGUCACCCCUGA